AGAGAGAGAGACAUGAUCACCUGGAUGAUAUAGCCAUCAACUAUAUUUUUAGAUGGUUACAACAGCAGAACACGACGCAGUGAAAAGGGAUUUAGACUCUAUACCGAAUAGACCGUUUUGGAGGGAUCUCUCUCCGACUUGUUAAGGAUUUGAUUUUAGAACUACACAAUAUUACAACAACAUACCCACACCAACUCUUCUGGAUGGAUUUAUCAAUAUAUAGGUUUUUUGGUCGUUUUUUGUGAUAAUUUACUCUUAUAAAGGAUUGCUGUCAAAACGGGAUUACAGAAACAUAUUACAAUCCUUGGGACAGUGAGGGGUAUAUCCGGGGUUGUUUCUACGGUAACGGAGGCAGUGGUUCUGUUGGAUACCCAUGAUGCACCGGUACGAUGCCUGAGUCGGAGACGGGCUUAGUAGCUCAGCGUGUUGCUACGGUGACCAGAGGAAUGGUUGCUGUGUGGUGUUCUCUCUGGCUCUCCCUCCUCCUCUUCCCUCUCUCCGUCUCUACAGCCAGACUACCCACAGUACUGCCCACAGACUCUGUGUCCAGUGAGGUUGUGUUCCUGGAGGACUACGUGGUUCCUACAGGAGACACCCUGGAUCUGUCCUGUAAUACUGACGCCCUCGCCCAACCUGUCCUCUGGUUUAAGGAUGGCAGUAGUGUGUUGCCUAGCAACCGGAAGUGGCUGGUCCAGAGGGAUCUACGCAUCAUCAACGUGUCGUACGAGGACUCCGGAAUGUACUCCUGCCGCGUCAUCCACGGCAACACACUGCUCAGCAACUACACAAUCAGGGUGACAGAUUCCCUGUCUUCUGGAGAUGAUGAAGACUAUGAUGAAGACUUGGACAAUACAGAAACACCGUACUGGACCAGACCGGACCGCAUGGAGAAGAAGCUCCUCGCCAUCCCAGCAGCCAAUACCGUCAAGUUCCGCUGCGCUGCUGCCGGCAACCCCACACCCUCCAUCCAUUGGUUGAAGAACGGGAAGGAGUUUAAGGGCGAGCAGAGGAUGGGUGGGAUCAAGCUAAGGCAGCAGCAGUGGAGUCUGGUAAUGGAGAGUGCUGUCCCCUCAGACCGUGGGAACUACACCUGUGUUGUACAGAACAAGUACGGCACCAUCAACCACACCUACCAGCUAGACGUGCUGGAGCGCUCCCCUCACAGGCCCAUCCUCCAGGCGGGUCUUCCAGCCAAUCAGACAGUGGUAUUGGGCAGUGAUGUGGAGUUUCACUGUAAAGUGUACAGCGAUGCCCAGCCUCACAUCCAGUGGCUGAAACACAUCGAGGUGAACGGCUCUCGCUGCGGCCCCGACGGAAUCCCAUACGUCAACAUACUCAAGACGGCUGGUAUAAACACUACGGAUAAGGAACUAAGGAGCCUCUUCCUUACCAAUGUGUCUUUAGAGGAUGCAGGAGAGUAUACUUGUCUAGCAGGGAACUCUAUUGGGUAUGCUUACCACUCUGCUUGGCUCACCGUGCUCCCAGCGCUGGAGGAUGGUGACAAGGAGGAUGACUAUGCUGACAUCCUGAUCUACGUGACGGGCUGCGUGCUCUUCAUCCUGGCCGUCGUCAUCAUCAUCCUCUGUCGUAUGAGGAUGUCUACCCAGAAUUCCCUGCCCUCCCCGCCCAUCCAGAAACUGUCUAAGUUCCCCUUAAAGAGACAGCAGGUUUCCUUGGAGUCUAACUCCUCCAUGAACUCCAUCACACCAUUAGUCAGGAUCGCCCGCCUGUCAUCCAGCGAUGGACCAAUGCUGGCCAACGUCUCCGAGCUGGAGCUGCCCUCAGAUCCCAAAUGGGAGUUCUCUAGGAACAGGCUAACGUUGGGUAAACCUCUGGGAGAAGGCUGCUUCGGUCAGGUGGUAAUGGCGGAGGCCAUCGGGAUCGAAAAGGAGAAACCCAACACACCACUCAACGUUGCUGUGAAGAUGCUGAAAGACGACGCCACAGAUAAGGACCUGUCAGACCUGGUCUCAGAGAUGGAGAUGAUGAAGAUGAUUGGAAAACACAAAAACAUCCUCAACCUGCUGGGAGCUUGUACACAGGAUGGUCCCCUGUACGUGCUGGUGGAGUACGCUUCCAAAGGGAACCUGAGGGAGUACCUGAGGGCCCGUCGGCCCCCGGGGACGGACUACUCCUUCGACACCUGUAAGAUCCCUGAUGAGCAGCUCACCUUUAAAGACCUGGUGUCCUGUGCCUACCAGGUGGCGCGUGGCAUGGAGUAUCUGGCCUCACAGAAGUGUAUCCAUAGAGACCUGGCAGCCAGAAACGUCCUGGUAACUGAAGACAGCGUGAUGAAGAUCGCAGACUUCGGUCUGGCUAGAGAUGUGCACAACAUAGACUACUACAAGAAGACUACCAACGGUCGUCUCCCCGUGAAAUGGAUGGCACCAGAGGCUCUGUUCGACCGCGUCUACACGAACCAGAGUGAUGUGUGGUCCUAUGGGGUGCUGCUCUGGGAGAUCUUUACCCUGGGAGGGUCCCCGUACCCCGGCAUCCCUGUAGAGGAGCUGUUCAAACUGCUAAAGGAAGGCCACCGCAUGGACAAGCCAGCCAACUGCACACAUGAACAAUAUAUAAUCAUGAGGGAGUGCUGGCAUGCUGUUCCAUCUCAGAGACCUACAUUCAGGCAGCUGGUGGAAGACCAUGACAGGGUUCUAUCCAUGACCUCCAUGGAUGAAUACCUGGACCUGUCUGUUCCUUUUGAGCAGUACUCACCAGCCUGCCAGGACUCCAGCAGUACUUGUUCCUCAGGAGACGACUCAGUGUUCGCCCACGACCCCCUCCCAGACGAAUCCUGCUUCCCCAAACUGAUCCAGGGGAAUGAAGCCUGUCUCCCAAACCCUGUCAAACUGCUGCAGACCAAUGGGGUGAUCAGGACAUAGAUCACCCCGUGACAUCUUUGAACCCGUGACAUCUUUGAACCUUGAACCUGUUCUGUUUCCAUAGAAACGCAGGCACUACUUCCACAGUGCUUCAGAUAUGUUUCUGUUCCUACUCUUGAUAGAAAUUAAAUACAAACUGACACGUUUUUAAAAGACUCUUUGCAUUGAAGGAUGGAUUUGUAUUUUCCUUCUUCAAAAUGAAAAUGUAUAUUUUUGUACUUGGCCAGUCUUUAGUUAUUGACAAUCCAAUGGGUCCCACCAUUCCCAGUCAGCCCCUUCAGUCGACUCCUUCAGCAGGAAAUAAAUAUAGAUGGGGACGUUUCUAUGCAUCUUUAAAAAGUUCUUAUUGUAAAUAUAUAAACUCAAAUAUAUCAUAUUGUUGCCUUGUACAAUUUCCUAAAAUAUUGUUUUUGAGUCAAAGCAUUGCAAUCUAAAAUACACUGUCAUGAUUAUAUAAUCAUUUAAAGUGAUACAAAAUGUCAAUUUUAAUAAUUAACGUGUAUAUUUGUAAAGAUAUUUAUAGACUUAACAUGUGCUUCAUCUAGUUUAGAAUUUUAGUACUGUCAGCAAAGAUUUUUUUAUUUCUUUUUUUGUAACUUAUUUGACAACAGAACAACAUUAUUUUCACAACUGGCAGAUUUUAUUUCUCUCGUUUUUUUAUCCAUCUUUUUUCAUUUACAGUAAAAAAAUUAAUAAAGAAUGUAUGAAA